AAAAAAAAGUAUUGAGAAAGGUAUUGUGACAUUAAAUGGAACUAUCAACGGCAACCACAGAAGUGGAUACAUCACUAGAAUGGCAAAACGCAACAGAAAGCUAUUUUUUGAACCAGACAAGCGACGUUCUGGAGCAGAAUGUUUCCAACGCUACUACAGGAACUGCUUCAAAUGUCUCUCAAUACUAUCCAAUCAUAGUUGCAGAAAUGGUUCUAUCUUGCCUUUGCUUAAUAUUCUCAUUGUUUAUUUACUCCACAAUGUCUAAAUUCCACAAUGUGCACGGCAAGAAUCUCAUCAGCAUGUCUUCUUGCUUGCUCAUAACAUUUCUCAUGCUCAUUCUCGACCUCAUGAUCAGAAAACACAUUACUUUCUCAAUGUGCUUUACGAUCGCCAUGAUCAUUCACGUGACAUUCUUAGGAACAUUCUUUUGGACCAAUGUAAUGGCGUUCGAUAUCUGGAGAUCGCUUGCCAAUAUUCGGUCUAAAAGUGAAGUGAAGAGCAACUCGAAGAAAUAUUUGAAGUAUUCGGCGUACUCUUGGACUGCUACUGUCCUAGUAGCCUUACCGGCAGCUAUUUUAGAAUUAACUGAAUGGGUUCCACUGAAGUUCCGACCGCAAUUCGGAGUAAAACGUUGUUGGCUAAGUGGAAAAACUGCUUUCACUUAUUAUUUUAACUUACCGGUUGGAGUCAUUCUAUUCUGCAAUCUCGUUUUGUUCUUGAUGACGAUGAGAAAGCUGAUAAUCGUAAAGAAGAUGACAGCAAUAUUACAAGUAAAGCAACAACAAAAAAGGUUUUACUUAUAUUUAAAACUAUUUCUGGUGAUGGGAAUUACAUGGACGACCGAGUUUAUUCCUUGGAUAACAGGUGUUUUUUCACUAUAUGCUAUAGCCGGCAUGUUAACAGCUCUGCAUGGUGUUUUUCUUUUUGUUAUUUUUGUCGGAAAAAAGAAAACUUUAAAACAAUUCUAUUACAAAAACGUAUUGAAGAAAGGAAUAUACACACCGAAUAGUUCAAGCAGUCAGCCUACUUUAUCUUCUUCGAAUUCAAAUAAAAAAGAAAAACUGGAAUAUAUUAAUGAAUCAAGAUGCUAAAUAUUUAAUGCAUGUGUACUUAGUACAAAAUAAAUUGAUAUGA